AUGGUCCGCACUAUCUGUCAGUCGGCCCCUGGCUUCCCCCUUUGCCACCACGACAUCAGCCUCCAGAACCUUUUCGUUGACGAUGACUUGAACAUCACGUGUGUCAUCGACUGGGCGUUCUCCUCCACUGUUCCUCGAGCCCAGCUACUCGCUACUCCAGGCCUGCCACAUCCCAGGGAUUUGGUGUUAGAUUUGUCACUGGUAAGUGCCUUUCGCUCCGGCUUCGAAACCGAAAAUAGGAAGAUCGGUAGGAGUAUAAUCGAGUCCAACUACUGGAAGGUCGGCCAGAUGGUCUCACGUUUCAUGCGCCUAGUGAACCUAGAUGCUCUACAAGACUAUGAUCACCCAGAGGCACUCUAUGCGCUUGUCUGGGGAGCUGUAACUCCUGGAGAUGACGGAGACGACAUCAAUAAUCUACCAGCUAUAUUGGCAAAACGAGCCACGAGCCACGAUGCGUUCGCACUGGCCAGCGAGCUAGCAGCUGACGACGAGCCUGAAAGCGAGAUCCGUCGGCGGGAGAAGGAGUACUUCGACGAAGUUGGCGGUAAGAGACUAGCGUUAGCGCGUAAAGUAGCAUUAGCAGCCAAGAUGAACCCGCGAUUUGUAGCAGAUGGGCGGCUAUGGCGUUGGGCUGAUGCAGUUAUGGAGUAUGACGACGGCGCGGAAUCUGACGGGGACAGGCAAAUCCCAAGGAGACGGGUGACCAGAAGUAAGGUGGUGGAGAGAGUAUAA